ACCCGAAGCGAAGCGCCGGAGGAGUCCCUCCGUGCGAUGCAGACGCCGGCGGCGACCAUCUGCGGGGCCCACGGGGCAGCCUUCACCCCAUGCCCCCGUCGCCCCACCCCUCCUGGAAGCCUCCGGAAGCCUUUCACUGGCUCUUCUCGGCGGACUCCAAGGCGCCGGCUCCUCGCUCCCAUGGCCUCCACCGUCGACUCACCCGGGAGCUCAUCCGACUUCACCAAGCGUAUAGAGCGCGCCUGGCUAAUCUCCCAGCAACCAAGACCAGUUUCUUGCUCUUCCUGUCAAUCUGCUGGCCACGUUGAGUGCAAGUGGUGUGCAGGAACAGGCUUCUUUAUCCUUGGUGACAACAUAUUGUGUGAAGUACCCUCAAGAAAUUCAAAAUGUGUGAUAUGCUCUGGAAAGGGCUUCACAAGUUGUGCUGAUUGCCAAGGGACAGGUUUUCGUGCCAAGUGGCUGGAAGAACCUCCUAUUGACAAAUGAGGAAGUCAAUCAUACUGUAAAAUUUACCAUUUCACAGUAAACUAGCUACUUUUAUGCUUUUCUGUCCAUAUCCUUCAAUGUAACUCUGAUAAUAUUAUUUUCCUUUUCCUGUAAUUGCAUCAAUUCCAUAUUAUGACAUGUUCUUAAUUAUUCAACAUACAUUUUCUGUAAGAACAUGAGUAUCAAGAGGUAUUUUUUGCUC